CUCUUCGCUCUCCUCCCUCCUUCCCGCCCCUCCUGCCGCCCAGCCCGACAGGUAUGGCGCUGACGGUGGACGUGGUGGGGCCGGCGCCCUGGGGCUUCCGCAUCACGGGGGGCAGGGAUUUCCACAUGCCCAUCAUGGUGACCAAGGUGACUGAGCGGGGCAAGGCUGAGGCUGCUGACCUCCGGCCUGGCGACAUCAUUGUGGCCAUCAACGGGGAGAGUGCAGAGCGCAUGCUUCACGCCGAGGCCCAGAGCAAGAUCCGCCAGAGCCCCUCGCCCCUGCGGCUGCAGCUGGACCGUGCUCAAGCCGCCUCUCCCAGGCAGACCAACGGGGAGAGCUCCUUGGAGGUGCUGGCGACUCGCUUCCAGGGCUCCUUGAGGACGCACAGUGACAGCCAGUUCCCCCUGAGGUCUUCCUACUCCAGCCCAGCCUCCCCCAGCCCCUUCUCUACCCCGCCCCCUGACAGCCCGCAGGCCCUGGCGGGAGAGGCGGCCAUCAGCCACAGUGUCCAGAGUCUGGCAUACUCCCCGGGGCUCACCGCUGCUGACCGCCUGUCCUGCGGGGGUCACCUCAGAAGCCGACAGGCCGGCCUCGGCCGCGCUGGCGACUCUGCCGUGCUGGUGCUGCCGCCUUCCCCGGGCGCCCGCUCCUCCAGCCCCAGGCUCAGUGUGGACUCGGAAGCGGGAAGCCACCUUCUGGACGAGGACUCAGAAGUCUUCAAGAUGCUGCAGGAAAAUCGAGAGGGGCGGGUGGCCCCCCGGCAGUCCAGCUCCUUCCGGCUCUUGCAGGAAGCCUUGGAGGCUGAGGAGAGAGGUGGCCCUCCUGCCUCCCUGCCCAGCUCACUGAGCCCUCAGUCCUCCCUGCCCGCCUCCAGGGCGCUGGCCACCCCUCCCAAGCUCCACACCUGCGAGAAGUGCGGAACCAGCAUCGCGAACCAGGCCGUGCGCAUCCAGGAGGGCCGGUACCGCCACCCGGGCUGCUACACCUGUGCGGACUGCGGGCUGAACCUGAAGAUGCGCGGCCACUUCUGGGUGGGGGACGAGCUGUACUGCGAGAAGCACGCCCGCCAGCGCUACUCGGCGCUGCCCACCCUCGGCUCGCGGGCCUGAGGCCCCCCCCGCCUCCCCUCUGCAGCCACCCGGCCAGGGCCGUGCCAGUAGCAAGUUGGGUGGCAGGGGUGACGGUGGGCAGUGGUUCUUCCGUGAACUAAAUUCGGGGGCCUGAGGCCUCUCCGUCCUCGCUGGGUGAGGACAGGUCUGGGACCUGUCUCGGGCUGCCAUGCCGAGGGCAGCCUCACCUUCCCCGGCCUCUCCCCUGGUCCUGUGCCAGGCGGAGGUGACCACGGCGUUUGAUGUCUCUGUGUACCUUGGGGCUGAGCAGGGUGGGACACAGAAGUAUCUAGAAGAAGAGAGGUGGGCCAGAGACAAACUGUAUUCACUAUGUAAAGUUUUCGACAUGUGAGCUCUAUAAAUAUAUAAA